AUGAGCAGCAGUACUCUCAUCCACUACGGUAUGACUAACAAUCUAGGCGGCCAGCAAGGUAUUCAUCCUCGUAAACACCAAUAUCCCAACUUAAUAAAGUCUGAUUCUUCAGAAAACAGUGCUAAAAUUACACCUGAUGCUGUCCAAAAGCUCACAGAAAAACUGAAAGAUCUUGUCGGAGAGGAUGCUGUCGAAGAAUUCAAUCGCAAUCGCCACGCACAGGGUGAGUCACCGCAGCUUGUAAACGAAGAGGGACUUCCUAUCGUCGACAUUUCCGAACCCAUAACUUCUGUUGAAGUUCAGGGCUUAGGAAAUUCCCUUGUAUCUGAAGAAGAUCCUCUCGUCCCACUCGUGGCCCUUCCCACGCAGGCUCGUCAAAGGCUACGUCAACAGCGGGAACGAAUUCUCGAUUUAUUGGAGGAAGAGGAAAGGCAAGAGCAGCUUCGGAAAGAACAGAAAGAACGCCAAGAACACGAGGAAAUUGUAAGGAAGCGGAAGGCAGAAGCAGAAAAUGGGAAGGCACGGCUCAUAAAGGCCAAGGAGCUGCAGAAAAAAAUGGGCAGAGCUUUGUUGCGGAAUAUGGCACCUUCCAAAGAACAAGAAAAUCAGAAGGGAGUAGCCAGGGUUCAAGGUGAGGAAGAUGCUCAAACGAGGAACCCAUCGUCGCCGAAGAAAAAGACGGUCAAUUUUGCGGACUCGCAUGAUGAUUCGUCUCCAACCACAUCUUCCGUCGACGCCAGUCGGGGGGACGUUACUGCUGCCAGACUUCGCUCAGCUAAUCGUCCGACAUUGAUGUCACAAGCAGAAUCCGACAAGCACACUCCAAUGAAGAGGUCCGUCGUGGAACGUCUUCCCGUUGGCCCGCGAACUCUCCCUAAGCCUGCCAUUAAAGUUGAAGAACGUGACUCCGACGACGAGUCUGAGGGUGACGCAUCUGAUAAUGGAGAUGGCGCACAGAGUGACCAGGAAUCCAUACUCGAAGAAGAUGACUUUGAUUUCGAUUUCGCACAGCAUCAACGUGAAAUUGCACUAGAAUAUCACAGAAAAAGAACUACUAUUGGCGAAGAAACUGCCGCCGCGAUGAGGAAUCACUCUCAUGAAUCCGGCGAGAGACACGAUAAGUUGGGUGAGCCUGACAUGCUAGUUCCGGACCUUGCCAAACCUGCGAUUUCCCAGUUUAGGGCAAACCGAAUAGCGUCAGCAUACAAUGCAUCGACUUCUUCUUCCACAUCGCUGGGUGCUUCUGUCCUACCCGCAUCCAGCACUCGCACCCUGCAACAGGCAUUCCGCGCAGGAAAACUGGAUUCUGACGGGAGACUUAUAGGAGGAGAGGCAGAUAGCGCAAGUGAAGAUGAAGAGCCUGGUCUACAGGAAGUGCUGGAACUCUUAAAGAAAGGCGAGGUAUAUAAUAUCGGACCUGACGGGAAGUACUUGCACACCAUACCCCCAAGUUCUGGUCAGCCGAAUCCCGCUGGGGCUCCUCCCGUGACACCUCUUCCAGCAGAAGCAGCGGAACUGAAAAUUCCCCCUUCACUAAGUGGCAAACCAAAGACUUCUCGAUUUAAGGUGUCUCGACAAGCGGCGGGAAGGCCAUCCAUGCCAUUAUCCACAGCUAGCUUUUCCAGCAAUGAGGCACUUUCACCUUCUGUCACCCCUGUGUCUUAUGACACGAGAUCUUCACCAAAAGUGGCAACUCCUACCUCCACACCUACUGUUAUUGAACGCCUACCUCCUUCAACUGAAUCCCAACCAGGACCACAGGCCAUCAAACCAUCACCGUCAGCCAUUCUCCAGGGACCUGUAUCUCCCUUCUCAAUGAUCGUCGAAUCACCGUCCUUUCCUACACCCAGAGAAAGGCCUUCAAGACCUCCGACCGUCGUCGCAUCCCCUUCGCCCCCUGGUUCAGCCAGACGCCCAGAUCGUCCGCCCACAAUUGUUGGAGAGCGGGUACCGACAACUGAGGGAGCGGAAAAGAAGAUUUCUAGGUUCAAAGCAGAAAGAAUGUAA